AUGUACGGAGAAUUGAGAAAGAAUAUCCUGACCGGUAAUAUAACACAACUCUCUGUUGACUUAACUACAACAUUACAUCUGAUUAACCUAUGGCAACGACCCAGUAAGGACAAAACGUCACACAUAUUUGGCUCAUUGAAAUAUCGUAGCACCGGAAAUAAUAUGACUUUUAAAGCGGCGAUGCGAGGUCCAAUCGAACUAGUUUUGAAGGCUACUGCUUGGACAAGUCCUCUCGGUGACCAAGACUUUUUAUUUUAA